AUGUGUUUUGGAAGGUGUGCUAGGUGUAUUGGGUAUAAGUUGCUCAUCCUUGCCUUGCUCAGCAUUGUGGCGAACAUUUUACUUUAUUUUCCCAAUGGUGAGACAAGGUUUGCUUCAGAGCAUCAUCUCAGCAAAUAUGUGGAAUGCCUUCAUGGGAUUCUAGGUGGAGGUUUUUUGGUGCUCAUUCCAGCUGCAGUGUUCAUUGGGCUCCACAAUGACUGCUGUGGGUGCACUGGCCAGGAGGACUGUGGGAAAAGCUGUGUGAUGCUGUCCUCGGUUCUGGCAGCCUUUAUUGGGAUCCUUGGUUCUGGCUACUGUAUCAUCAUUUCAGCCCUGGGCUUAUCCCAGGGACCAUACUGCUUCACUGCUGUAGAAAGAAACUGGAUCUAUCCUUUCACUGAAUCCUCUGGAGGGUACUUGCUCGAGUAUAACAAAUGGUCUAAAUGUCAGGAACCACAAAACAUCGUACAGUGGAACGUCACCCUCUUUUCCAUUCUGCUUGUCUUGGGAGGAAUAGAGUUCAUUCUGUGUUCCAUACAUAUAAUCAAUGGCCUCCUUGGAGGAAUAUGUAGGCUGUGCUGCAGUCGUGAAGAGACAUACGUAUGCUAGACAACCUGAAAAUGGGUUGAAGUUGAUACAUUUGUGAUGAGUUGAGUAUCCUGGGGUUUUAUUGUUCGGUUGGUGUUUGGAAUGGGAUUGUUUGGAAUGGGAUUGUUUUUCCUAAUACUGCAUGCAUACUAGAAAGCAAAUUGUUUAUUGUCAGACUGUGCUGUCACCAUCAACUUAACUGACCUGAUACAAGCCUUUGUUGUUGGAAUCGUGUACAGGCUUUUCACUGCAUCUAAAGGCAAAAUGAAUCCUGAAUUUCUUUGGUUCAUUUCAUCUUAAUACAGAUAACUGACUGAACAUAUGUGUCAGUAUUCGUACUGGCUUUUUUCUCUACUGACACAGCAGCUCUGUACUAUAUGCUGUUUUCCCAAUAAAGUUGUACAUUAAUUCUCGUGGUAGGUUGAGGAGAAAAGUGAUCUAGUCUGACCUGGAAAUAAAUGAAUACUCACAUGGGGAAAAAACAAAGCAGCAAUAUAAAAUAUGGAUGACCAAGGGAAAGUACAUGUUCUUUUCCUUUUCAGGAAAAAUCUGGAAAGAACUGCAAUAAAAUAAAAUGUGGAUUGUUCAGAACUUUUCCUGCAUUUAACAAAUAAAGAUUUGUAUUAAAAAUA